CUGGAGAGACCUCGCGUCUAGAACACCUCUAUCACAACAACUCAGCGAUUAAAGUUUGGAGCUGGGACAUCAUGCCAGGACUAUGACAUUAAAACAGACUAUGCUGAAGAUGUGUGCUGACCGCUCGCUGAACUGCAUUAUUUGGCUAACUAAUGCUACUGGACCUGUUCCCAUAAGCCUAACCAUGCAUCUGACACGGGCCUAAUAAUCCGCUGUGGGAAUCAAGACCACUCUGGCAGCGGUGAACAAUGCAUUUGCCACAAAGACGGAGACUCAAUCGGAGUCGCAUCCUCUUCUUCCUCUCUGGUGUGUUACUGUGCUGCGUCUACACCGUGACGUUCAAGGCCCGGCUGCAGGAGCCACGGGUGGCCCGCCAGGCCGCUGCAGAGGAGGACCCUGGGACAGCACUCCCAGAGGAAGGGGGCGGUGGUGAUAGUAGUAGUGUUCUGGAGGUAGACACACGAGAGGUGGUGACCUCUAACCUCUCUAGCCUAACAGAGAGCUAUAACGAUGACGUCAUCACCAGGGCUCCGACUGUGCUGGAGGGGGAUGACGUCAUCGUGAUCACUGUCAACAGGACGGACAUUAAGCACUGUAUCUACGUAGAGGACCCUGAACCUGAGCCUCCGACUGAACCUCCUCCUAACACCACCACCUCCCCGGGUAUCCCUGGAGAGGUCCCCCACAGGAAGGGAGAGUACCCAGAGGACCUGUUCACAGUGGACCAGAGGAGGCAGGGCUGGGUGACCCUCCACAUCCUGGGCAUGGUCUACAUGUUCGUCUCCCUCGCCAUCGUCUGUGACGAGUUCUUCGUCCCGGCGCUCGGCGUCAUCACCGUGAAGCUCGACAUCUCCGACGACGUCGCCGGGGCAACCUUCAUGGCUGCAGGAGGCUCCGCCCCCGAACUGUUCACCUCUCUGAUUGGCGUGUUCAUCUCCCAUAGCAACGUGGGCAUCGGGACCAUCGUGGGGUCAGCGGUGUUUAACAUCCUGUUUGUCAUCGGGAUGUGUGCCAUCUUCUCCAGGGAGAUGCUCCACCUCACCUGGUGGCCCCUGUUCAGAGACGUCUCCUUCUACAUCAUAGAUCUGAUCAUGCUGAUCGUGUUCUUCUUGGACAACACCAUCAUGUGGUGGGAGAGCGUAAUGCUGGUGUCGGGUUACGUGGCCUACGUCUGCUUCAUGAAGUUCAACGUGCAGAUCGAACACUUCGUCAAGACGCAGAUCAACAAACACAAGAGCAUCGUCAAGAUCAUCAUGCCAGAGGAGGAGAAGGAGAAGGAGAAGGAACCCAAGAAGCAGAACAGUGGACAUGCACCACCUGAUCCACCUCAAAACAAUGUUUCACCAGAACCCAAACCACAACCCCAAGACUCACCCCAGAAGAGAGACAGAGAAAAACUCAAGGUGAAGCCCACUCUCCAGAGAGGAGGCAGUAAUGCGUCUCUCCACAACAGCACCAACAGAAACACCAUCUUCCAGCUGAUGAUCCACACACUGGACCCACUGGGAGAAGAGACAGGCUUUAGCAGAGAUGUUAGAGGCCCUGGUCAGAGGAGAGUUAGACAAGUGUGUGUGGUGUGUUGGUGUGACUCAGUGUGGUGUGUUGAUGUGACUCAGUGUGUGUGGUGUGUUGAUGUGAUUCAGUGUGGUGAUGUGACUCAGUGUGGUGUGUUGAUGAGACUCAGUGUGUGUGGUGAUGUGACUCAGUGUGUGUGGUGUGGUGAUGUGACUCAGUGUGGUGAUGGGACUCAGUGUGUUUAUGUGACUCAGUGUGCUGGACAUGAGAAGACUGAGCAGGCCGAACCCUCGACCUUCCAGACCACACCUAAAGAAGAGGAGAAACCAGGCCCGUCAGAGACUCAGACGGACGAGGGGCCAGCGGGCGCAGGGGGGUCCGACGGCUCAGACAGCGGCGAGGAGGACGAGAGUGAAGAAGAGAGUGAGGAUGAGGAAGACGAGGAUGACGAAGACGAAGAGGACGAUGAGGAAAAUAAAGAGGAAGAAGAGGAAGAGGGUGAAGAGAACGAGGAACCCCUGUCGUUAGAAUGGCCAGACACCAGACGUAAACAGGCCACAUAUCUUUUCCUCCUACCGAUAGUGUUCCCUCUGUGGCUCACUGUGCCCGACGUACGCAACCCGGCUUCCAGAAAAUACUUCGCCAUGACGUUUAUUGGUUCCAUCACGUGGAUCGCUGUGUUCUCCUAUCUAAUGGUCUGGUGGGCACAUCAGGUGGGUGAGACCAUAGGCAUCUCAGAGGAGAUCAUGGGCCUGACCAUCCUGGCAGCGGGCACCUCCAUCCCUGACCUCAUCACCAGUGUCAUCGUGGCCCGGAAAGGACUGGGAGACAUGGCUGUGUCCAGCUCAGUGGGAUCCAACAUCUUCGAUAUCACUAUGGGUCUGCCUGUUCCAUGGUUGAUCUUCUCGGCGAUGCAAGGCGGCGUACCGGUGGCGGUGAACUCCAACGGUCUGUUCUGUGCCAUCGUGCUCCUCUUCGUCAUGCUCCUCUUCGUCAUCGUCAGCAUCGCGGCGUGUCGGUGGAAGAUGAGCCGCGUUCUGGGCCUCACCAUGUUCAUGCUUUACUUCGUGUUCCUGGUGCUCAGCGUGAUGCUGGAAGACCGUAUUAUUAUCUGCCCUGUCUCCAUCUGAGGUCAGACACACCCACAUGGAACCCAGUCCACCCACUGGGGAGCCAGGCCCACCCACUGGGGAGCCAGUCCACCCACAUGG